CUACCCAGAAUUGUUCGGGGCCGCAAUACAAGCAGGGUCAGUAUCGAAGACCCACGGAUAUCAAGAUUUAGAAGCGGUGGAGUUAGUGGAGACCUCGGAUGUACAGUAAAUGUAUUGUGAUGCAGGUAUACCGUAACAAUACCUCCCGGAGGAAAACCAAACUCCAAAGGUCAAAAUAGAGUCAAGAAAUCAGAAAGACCGAAAUCAAAAACCAAAAGCGAAAGUAAAAAAGGGAAGAAAUAAAAGGCAACCCACAACCAUGUCCGCCCCCAACCCGAUAGAGGCCCUCCCGCCCCCGCCCUCCGUCUCCAAGGAGACGAUCCACAUGUCGGGCAUCCUAGUCGACGUCUACGGUCUAGCCGAGCUAGGCCCGGGCCCGGGCCCGGACGGUCCCCCACCGGCCCGCGUGUCCUGCCUCUGGCUACACCACCCGCGCGGCCAGUCCAAGGAGGACAUGGCCGACAUUGCGGCGCGGUGCGUGGCGGCCUGGAACGGGAACGGGAACAGGGACAGGGGCCUGAUCGCGGCGGCGUUCGACCAGCGCAACCACGGGGGCAGGCUCGUGCGCGGCCCGGCGAACGCGGCGUGGCGGGCGGGCAACCCGACGCACGCGCAGGACAUGUUCGGCGUCGUGGCGGGGACGGUGGCGGACCAGGUCGGGCUGGUGGACGCGGUUGGGGGUUACCUGUUCCGGGACCGGGGCCGGGGGGAGGGUGGGAAGGCGGUGAUCGAUCAGCACCUCGCGCUGGGGGUGUCGCUUGGCGGGCAUAGCGUUUGGCAGCUCAUGUUUGCGGACCCGAGGGUGCGUGCUGGGGUGGUGGUUAUUGGGUGUCCUGAUUAUAUGGGUCUGAUGUCUGACCGCGCCCGCCUAUCCAAGCUACCCACCUACUUGGCAGCCGAUGACGGCGCCUCGUUCAUCGGGAGCAAGGACUUCCCGACGGCGCUUGUCGAGGCCUGCAAGAAAUCCGACCCAAAGGCCAUCUGUUUUGGAACGGAUCCCGUUCCGUCGCCGUCGACGCCGUUGCCCGAGGCUGAGAGGCAGCGUCUCGGGUUGAUCCUCGGCCAGCGGGUCCUCGGAAAGAGGUUCUUGCUCUGCUCCGGCGGUGACGACAAGCUAGUGCCCUACAAGUGUGCACAGCCCUUCGUCGACUGGUUCAGGGAUGCCACCGCGACAUGGCUCAGUCACGGGAGCGUGCAUGUUGAUGACAAGGUCUACCCUGCGGUCGGCCAUGUGUUCAGCGCAGACAUGGUCAAGGAUGCCGUACAAUUUGUGCUUGAUGCUGUGUCCGAUGCGGACGGGCCCAAUUCCGCACAUGAUACGAACAGCGAGGGGGACCAAGCCAUGUCAAAGAUAUAGUUCUGGGAAGGA